CACCAUUCGAGACGCACGACUUUAGGCUCCAAUCGGACACGACGAGUUCAUGCUCCCCGCAGCCUAUCUCACACACCACUGCAUGUACGAGGGAUAUCACCGAGAAUCGUUUGGAGGAUCAUGUGCAAAAGGCAAAGCUGCUAUGGAACAAGCUUUGGGGCCACAACCCUGAGUCGUGGCAAGGGCUCUAUAUACGAGUCACGGAGACGGAAACAGCCUGGAUAUGACACCUCCUCGUUCCCAAAUGUA